AUGGCGACAUCCGUCAUACCAGGCAGCGACCGUGGGAGUUUAAAAGCGACGAAAGCCGAUCGUUUGUGCGAGAGCGAGAAACCGACCAGCAGCAGCAACGACAUCCCUGUUCAAGUGGCCGGCCUGGUGAAACAAGCGACGGCGGCAGCGUCCAAGACCGAUCCUCCGACACACGUUCCACUGGAUGCAGCCGCCUUGGCCCUUCACAAUGCUGAACAGGAUUCCAUCGAGGCGGCUCUCCCCAUUCUCCCGAGAGGCUUUGUCGAGAACACGGCCGAAAUCUACGCCGAGGUGGCUAGCUUUGAGGUCAUCCCUCCAGAGAAGCUGCGAGAGUACUGGCGCGUGUACACAAUCACGCAUCGCAAGUUGUACGAUCCAACCGCCAACCGCUUGGAAAACUUCUGGUGGCAUGUUUGGGGCAGCAAGCGCCGUGGUCUUAGUGGCAAGAUCGUUGCAAAGCUGUACGAAAACAUCUCGACGGGCCCGACAUUUGUCCCUUUGCGGACACCUGCCAGUCGAUACGACGGACCAACGAUCAGUUUCAUGCUCCCACCUCCGUCUAUAACGGCAACGACGGCAACGGGGACAUCGAAUCCUCCGGGAUCAAGUAAACAGAGUGCGAGUGACGAUCAAAGGCCAAGCCAGGAUGCACCUGUGUCAGGAGCGUCCUCGCACGCCGCGGCUGUGGCACCCAAACGAGUCAACAAUGCAGACUCUACUACCGAGGGCGAGCGAGCAGAUACCGGCACGCUUGAUCACAAGCAAGCUCAGCAGGAUGCACAUGUCAAGCUGCUCUCAUCUUCCUCGACAAGGCCAGCCCCGGCGCAAUCGAUUCUCCGGAAACCUCGGCCGUCGUUGUCGGGUCCCCGCCCAACGCCACGGUUCGCCCUGCCGUCUGGUGAACCUUCCGAGGCAGAAGAGGACGAACAAAACGUUCAAUUGGGAGGCAGCAGUGAGGCCAACGAAGAUGCAGUCACGAGUGCAAGUAGUAUUGGCAGUGGCAAUGGAAGCACCGACACGAACCACUCAGACCAUCGCGAGAGCAAGCCAAUAAAACAUUCGAGCAGUAGCAGCAACAAUAGCAACAGCAAAACAGCAUCCAGCAAGCGCGAAGCAGUCACCAAGUCUGGUAAAGGCAAAGCGGCUAAGAAGAAGUUUGUCGUCAACUCAUCCGCCUCCAAACGACGAACUGUGGUAUCCAAAAGAUCCGGUUCACACGGCUCACAGUCGUCUGGUGCCUCCGAAGGCCCAGGGUCCCGCGAGCCCCCGUCGUAUUUCCCUCCGCGCCAUUCCGGCGAGUCGCUUGUUGGCGUCGAAGAGGAAGAAUUGGAGGACGCCAUUCUUCCUCCUGCAUUGUCUUCACCACAAAGCCCGAACCCGAUGCCAUCCAAGUCACGGGUCUUAAAGCAACAACGGCGGUCACCGAAAUUAGCCGCCAUGACAGAAAAGGCGGCCGGGAAGCAACCCGCCGGGCAUCAGCCUCUUGCAGAUCCGGAACGGACAUCCUCGCCAGCGUCCGAAUCGACUGCAGUUUCUUCGGUAUCGGGAUCAGUAGCGGGUUCCGUCACAGGAACCACUACUGCACCUGCACCAACACUAGCAACUGCCUCACGAAAGCGGUCCUCGUUUGCCCAGUAUGUGACGGGCGCAUCGGGAGGACCUGGGAGCCUGGCAUCCUCGGGCGGUUCAUCAGGUGGACUCGAGGUGCCCGUUGCUUUUCGCAAUAGGCAGUCGACACAGCGGCCAAAGAUUCCCGGCGGCCCCGAGGCAAUACCUCGUCCAGGCGGCGGAUUGAUACGGCAAUCCACAAUGCCAUACGAGCCCGGGCAGAGCCACAGACAACAACUGAGCCGUAUUAGUCUGACUACGACAAUGCCGUCUAGCAGAGGCACCGCACAUGCUUUACCACCUACCUCGGCCUACGUGGGCCCUGGCUCAGCAGCAGCACCCGGUCUAUUGGCGGCAGCCCCGGCGGCCCCCAUGAUGGGUCGGUCCAUGUCGCAAGAUAGCUAUGGAACACGGCCACGACUAAUCCCCGGCUACCAGUCCCCCAUUCUGGGGCCCAUGCGGUCGUCCACGGUGACGGCAGCCUCCAUGGUCGCGGCAAAAGGUGUAUUUAUGGACGCUGAAGGCCCUGACACAUUUGAGUUGUACGCAAAGACGGGGCUGGAAGAGCCGCCCGAAGAGCCCGACGACGACGACAAGGAAGACAGCAGCGAACUGCCGGCGUACAUGUCGGAAACGGGAAGCUUUAGUUCGAGCUUCCAGGCCCCGUCGAGCUUCCAGAAUGCCGCCUCUUCCAGUUUCCAAGACACACAGCCCGCACUGCCCCGACCGCUCUUCACGCCGACGCGGCCAGCACAGACCCCGCGCAUCCCGUUUGCGCGCACCCGCAGCCAGCUCAACGUCAUAUUGGACCGCGAGAAGGAACGCCUGGGCGAGGGCAGCUAUGCGUCUUGGCGAGAGUCCCGCACACGCGACCAGCACGAGCCCGGCGACCGAGAGCACCGCAACUCUUGA